AUGGCAAUCUUCAUUGUCCUCGCUAUAGCUUUCUGGGGCUUCUCUGCUGUCAAGCACGCACGUCACAACACUGCUUCCCACAAUCAACAGCACCACGCUCAGGUAGACGCUUGGAUCGCCCGUAUGCGCAGAAAGACUUGGAGACACACCCGCGUUGAUCGUGAUGUGGAGAUGCAAGUUCCUCCUGAGCUUCCUCGUCGCCCUGAUAGUGCUUAUGUUCGUUCUGGUCCUUCGAGGGUAUCCAAGAUGGGCAGACUCAACUUUGCUGACAGAAACCAAAGAGUGCAGUUUUGUGAUGUUCCACUGACGUCUGUUCAUCAGAGUCAGCGUGGCGUUACUCCUGCUGGAUUCUUCUAA